AUGGCGUCAAACCUCCCAGCCCAGCCCAAUCUCCGGGUCACGAUUAUCGCGGCUGACGGCUUGUACAAACGUGAUGUCUUCCGGUUCCCCGAUCCAUUCGCCGUGGCUACUGUUGGAGGAGAGCAAACGCAUACAACUUCGGUGAUCAAGAAGACUCUGAAUCCCUACUGGAAUGAGCCAUUCGAUCUGAGAGUCAACGAGGACAGCAUCCUUGCGAUUCAGAUCUUUGACCAGAAGAAAUUCAAGAAGAAGGACCAGGGUUUCCUCGGAGUCAUCAAUGUCCGCAUCGGCGAUGUCAUUGACUUGUCGAUGGGUGGUGAUGAAAUGCUUACUCGGGAUCUGAAAAAAUCGAAUGAUAACCUCGUGGUCCACGGAAAAUUGAUCAUCAACCUAUCCUCCAACCUCACCACCCCGCAUCCGAACCAGAAUGGACUCCAACGUCAACAGGCCCAGACCUCGACUUCCAGCGGUCUUGUGCCCCAGGUUGCAGCACCAACACCCCAAUCACAAACUGGACCGAGCACUCUCGAUACGUCCCCUGCCGCAGCAUCAGGUUCAUCAUUGGUUCAGCGCACUCCGACCACCGGUCCCCCGGCCGGUGCUCCUCCCGCGUUGAAUGGCGCCCCCACCAACCCCCCUGGACCCGGCGCCCCUUCUCGCGCCAAUCUCAGCUCCUUCGAGGACAGUCAGGGUCGACUUCCUGCCGGAUACGAACGACGCGAAGACAACUUGGGACGGACAUAUUAUGUGGACCACAACACGCGUACCACGACAUGGUCACGACCAUCGGCCAACUACAACGAGCAUGCCCAGCGCUCGCAGCGCGAAGCCAACAUGCAGCUUGAGCGUCGGGCUCACCAGAGCCGAAUGCUUCCCGAAGAUCGAACCGGCGCCAACUCACCCAACCUACCAGAUGCCCAGAUACCUACACCACCGCCCGGGCCUAACGCAGGAACCUCUCUCGCAACUGGAGCCCCAGCUGGGUCCAAUGCCGCCGCGAUCUCCAUGAUGGCGACGGGAGCCACCACUGCAGGCACAGGGGAGCUUCCACCAGGCUGGGAACGACGUGUGACGCCCGAGGGACGGCCUUACUUCGUGGACCACAACACGCGCACAACGACAUGGGUCGAUCCUCGUCGGCAGCAGUAUAUCCGCAUGUAUGGCCAGGGACAGACCACAGGUGGCGCGAACAACACCACCAUUCAACAGCAGCCCGUAUCCCAAUUGGGCCCUCUGCCCAGCGGCUGGGAGAUGCGUCUUACCAACACUGCUCGAGUAUAUUUCGUCGAUCACAAUACCAAGACGACUACCUGGGAUGAUCCGCGACUUCCCUCCUCUUUGGAUCAGGGUGUGCCCCAGUAUAAGCGUGACUUCCGCCGCAAGCUGAUCUACUUCCGGUCCCAACCCGCGUUGCGCAUUAUGUCCGGACAAUGCCACGUCAAAGUCCGUCGUAAUAACAUCUUCGAGGAUUCAUAUGCCGAGAUUAUGCGCCAGAGUGCAUCCGAUCUUAAGAAGCGCCUAAUGAUCAAGUUCGAUGGUGAAGAUGGUCUUGACUACGGUGGUCUUUCACGUGAAUUCUUCUUCCUCCUCUCUCACGAAAUGUUCAAUCCUUUCUACUGUCUCUUCGAAUAUUCUGCCCACGAUAAUUAUACCUUGCAGAUUAAUCCCCACUCGGGCGUGAACCCCGAGCAUCUCAAUUACUUCAAGUUCAUCGGCCGAGUGGUCGGUCUGGCUAUCUUCCACCGUCGUUUCCUGGAUUCCUUCUUCAUUGGAGCUUUCUACAAGAUGAUGUUGCGGAAGAAGGUCAGUCUUCAGGAUAUGGAAGGUGUGGAUGAGGAUCUGCACCGCAAUUUGGCUUGGACACUGGAUAAUGACAUUGACGGAAUUGUUGAACUCACAUUUUCGGUUGACGAUGAGAAGUUUGGCGAGCGUCGCACUAUUGAUUUGAUACCCGGUGGCCGGGAUAUUCCCGUCACCAACGAGAACAAGCCACAGUACAUUGAGUUGGUUACGGAAUGGAAGAUCAUGAAGCGUGUCGAGGAGCAGUUCGAUGCUUUCAUGUCUGGCUUCAACGAGCUUAUUCCCCCGAUCUCGUCAACGUCUUCGACGAGCGUGAACUCGAGUUGCUUAUUGGUGGAGCAGGACGAGGUUAUUCAGAACUUCUGGAAGAUCGUCCGCACCUGGGAUGCCGAGCAGAAGUCCCGUCUUCUCCAGUUCACUACUGGUACCUCGCGUAUCCCUGUCAACGGAUUCAAGGAUCUGCAGGGAUCGGAUGGCCCCAGACGGUUUACCAUUGAGAAGUCCGGUGAUCCUGCCGCGCUCCCUAAGUCGCACACUUGCUUCAACCGUCUUGAUCUCCCUCCUUACAAGACGCACGAUGCCCUUGAGCACAAAAUGUCUAUCGCGGUGGAGGAAACGCUUGGCUUUGGACAGGAAUAG